UCAAAGUUUAAUACACAACUUUUUGAUUUUUGAAAUUUCCACAGACCUUCAUCUUCGAUUUCUUGACAAACCUUUUACACCUCAGAAGUAGUUCAACCUUAGUUUAUCAGUUUGCAUGCAAAGUCAAUAUCAAGUCACUUGAUUUUCUCAGCGCCUUCGCUAUUUCACUCUUAAUUGAUUUGAUCUGGACAUCCAUAUCAUAUCUGCAGUAUUUUUGGUGUCAUGGAUUUUUUGGGGGACACUUGAUACGGAUUGCUCCCUCUAACAGCCCCCUGAAGGUAAAUGUAGGUAUGCUGGUCAAUUUGUUAUUGAUCCCAAAUGUACUGUACUCCAUUUGUACAAUGGGUUAUUGUAUGGGUUAUUUCUUGUCUCCUUGUCUCAGGGGAAGUCAACCAUGUUCCUGGAGAUCCACAGGAUAUGCAGGAUUUGGCUUUAACCGCCUGGAAGACCAGGGCCCAGAUUCACAAAACACUUAUUUUAUUUUUUAACAAUUGUAAAUAUUAUUUCUCCCCAUUGGUAGUUAGUCAUGUCGCUGCAACUCCCAUAUGGACUCGGGAGAGGUGUGCGUCCUCUCAAUCACAACCCAGCCAAGCAAGCCGCACCAAUGUGUCAGAGGAAACACCGUACACCUGGUGACUGUGUAAUUUUAGGUAGCUAUCUAGCAUAUCAUGUUAGCAUAUUUUUAAUGAGAUUACUGUUCUAAAACAUGUUCUUAGGUUUAAAAUAAUCAAUACUGAAACUUUCAGAUGAAGUUUGUGAGUGAAUUAAACAUGUUAAUUGGCUUUUAUGAGCUUUUUCUCUCACUGCCCUGAGUUUAAGACAAGGGUUUCGCUGUCUUGGAAAAAAGAACAUUUCCAAUAACUGGAUUUUCAAGAAUCAAAUUUCUUCUUAACUUUUUGCUUUAAGGAGAAACAUAAGAAAUAGCGCAAUACAUUUUCCAAUAACCUUUUUGAGGAAUAGCAACUUUGCUUAACUUUCUUCUCAAGACUUUAGUUAAGGGGGAAAAUGGCAGUUAAAAAUAAAUGUAUUCUUAAGAAGGUUUUGUGAAUCUGGGUCCAGGUGUGUUGAAUUUAGUCAAUCACUCCACUGAUCAAUUAGCUCAGUUGGUCAGUUAAGUGAUUGACUAAAUUCAUCACACCUGAUCUUUCAGGUCGGUUAAAGCUCCUGGCUCUCCAGGAACAGGGUUGCAUUCCCAUGGCCAAUCAACAAAGAGCUCAUUUUUUUCAGCACUAUAAAUUGGACGUGAGUGCAAUAAAUGUACACAUACAGUACCUCUUCAUGUUUGAAAAAGUGACAAUUUUGCUGUGUCUUCUAGGGAUCACAGACUGUGAUGUCUAUAACCAACUGCAUCUUAUCUCAAAGUCUCCUCCACUAUACUCUGUGGGUCUCAUGGGAAGACUGUACGAGGGACUCAUGUGGAUGAAGCUAUUACUAUUCAAUACAUACUGUGCUAUUCAGGAGGUUGACUGUGGUGUAGGAGAUUUGUGUCGUCUGUUGUUUUAUGGCAACCCACACCUCUCACAUUGACAUGGAACUUACAAUUCAGGUCAUAUGCAUUGUUCUGACCAACUAGAUCUAAUUGUUGUUUUCGAUGCAAAACAUUCGGGACACUGAGGCUAGGCCCGUGAUGGUCUACAUCCAUGGAGGAUCAUACAUGGAGGGGACAGGGAAUAUGAUUGAUGGGAGUGUGCUGGCCAGCUAUGGGAAUGUCAUCGUCAUCACUCUCAACUACAGGGUCGGAGUACUAGGGUUCCUCAGUACAGGUGACCAGGCAGCUAAAGGGAACUAUGGACUCCUGGACCAGAUCCAAGCCCUGCGUUGGAUCAGCAAGAACAUCGGCUAUUUUGGAGGAGACCCGGGUCGCAUCACUGUCUUUGGAUCUGGGAUUGGAGCCUCCUGCGUCAGCCUGCUCACACUGUCCCACCACUCUGAGGGCCUGUUUCACAGAGCCAUCAUCCAAAGUGGCUCAGCCCUGUCCAGCUGGGCCGUCAACUACCAGCCUGUCAAGUACACCCGCAUGCUGGCUGAGAGGGUGGGCUGCAACGUGCUGGACACCCUGGACAUGGUGUCCUGCCUGCAGAAGAAGAGUGCCAGAGAGCUGGUGGAGCAGGACAUCCAGCCAGCCCGCUACCACGUAGCCUUCGGCCCCGUCAUUGAUGGUGACGUCAUCCCCGACGACCCCGAGAUCCUGAUGGAGCAGGGCGAGUUCCUCAACUAUGACAUCAUGCUGGGCGUUAACCAGGGGGAGGGACUGCGUUUCGUGGAGAAUGUGGUGGACCUGGAGGAUGGCGUGUCCGGCAGCGACUUUGACUUCGCCGUGUCAGACUUCGUGGACAGCCUGUAUGGCUACCCAGAGGGGAAGGACACUCUGAGGGAGACCAUCAAGUUCAUGUACACGGACUGGGCUGACAGGGACAACCCAGACACCAGGAGGAAGACGUUAGUCGCCCUGUUCACUGACCAUCAGUGGGUGGAGCCCUCGGUGGUGACAGCUGACCUGCACGCCCGCUACGGCUCGCCCACAUACUUCUACGCCUUCUACCACCACUGCCAGAGCCUGAUGAAGCCUGUGUGGUCGGACUCAGCCCACGGGGAUGAGGUGCCCUAUGUGUUUGGCAUCCCCAUGGUGGGUGCCACUGACCUGUUCCCCUGCAACUUCUCCAGGAACGACAUCAUGCUCAGCGCUGUGGUGAUGACUUACUGGACCAACUUUGCCAAGAGUGGUGACCCCAACAAGCCAGUGCCCCAGGACACUAAGUUCAUCCAUACCAAGGCCAACCGCUUUGAGGAGGUGGCCUGGUCCAAGUACAACCCCCAUGAUCAGCUGUACCUGCACAUCGGCCUGAAGCCUCGCAUCCGCGACCACUACCGCGCCACCAAGGUAGCCUUCUGGAAGCACCUGGUGCCCCACCUGUAUAACCUCCAUGACAUGUUCCAUUACACCUCCACCACCACCAAGGUACCUCCCCAGGACACCACCAACUCCAACGGCAAGAGAACCGGCACCACCAAGCGUCCGCCUGUCUCCACGGCCCACAGCAGUGAUGGGGAGGAGACGGGUCCUCUGAUCGUGGCUAACCCCAGAGAUUACUCUACUGAGCUGAGUGUCACCAUCGCUGUGGGUGCCUCGCUGCUGUUCCUCAAUGUGCUGGCCUUCGCAGCGCUCUACUACCGUAAGGACAAGCGCAGCCGGCAGGAUGGCCACGGUGGCCCCCACCAGGCCAGCCCCCAGCGGCAGAGCAACGGCAACGACGUGAGCCACACCACCACCGACGAGAGCCUGUCCCAUCAGAUGACCCAGUGCAGCCAGAUGAACCAGUGUGACACCCUGCAUGACCUCCACGACCUCCCUGACCUACACGACCCCCUGCACCUCUCCCCCAACAUGGACUACACCCUGACCCUGCGCCGCUCACCAGACGACAUCCCCCUGAUGACGCCAAACAACAUCACAAUGAUCCCCAACUCCCUGAUGGGCCUGCCCAACAUGCACCCCUACAGCACCUUCCCAGCCGGGUACAACUCCACCGUCCUGCCCCACUCCCACUCCACCACCCGGGUCUAGACCUAGCCUGGGACAGAAGAUAUACAGACCACAGUCGACAGAGAUUGUAGAGGUGAGCUGAGGGGCGAGCUGUGCUGUACAUUAAUUAAUACAAACAGUAGUUGGGUUGGGAUGCGUGGGUAAGAUAAGUUUGAGUUUAUGUUCAUACUGCAAGAGCCAUGCAAAGCUUUUCCUGGUCAAAUGGUGCAGAAUCGCCGCCAAUAUACUACUGCCUCCUCUCCUCAUAGAGGGAGGUCUAUAAGCAGUGUCAUUUUUUGAAUCAUCAAUUUCAAGACUUGUGAGCUGGUUAAAAUGAGAAGUGCUUUUUAUUUCCCAUUGUCUUUUGAUGCUAACAUUUUUGGGAACUUUCUCUUGUACGACCUCAGCAUAAUGUUUGUACAGUUGGAUUUGUACGGGAAGCUUUUUUCUUCCUAUGAUAUCUGUUUUGAUCUUCUGUGUGGAACAAGUGUCAUCUGGACUCAUCACUGGCUGAAAUAACAUUUGUAAAAAGCAGAAAAUUGGUGUUAUUAAGCAAUUUUAUACAUAUUCCUCAUGUUAAACUCAACUUAAAAGGGUAUUUUUUACUGACUAAAUAAUUGCAGAAAUACUAUGUUACUGUGACUGUGAUCAUUUGAACCUUUACUACAACAUUGAUUACAAUUUGUAGUAAAAGUAUCACAUUUAUCCAAUAAUAUUUCUAUUUGAAUAUGAACAAUAUAUCACCCCUAUAUACAGUGUGCGUGCGUGUGCCCGCGUGUGUGUUUACACUCUGAAGUGUAAUGUAAAGCUGUAAAUUGUUAAGAAAUUUGUUUGACAUUUUGUUUGAAGUAUUGGCUUUCAUCAUAUUUAGUGUUGUACUCCGAUCUAUGCUCGUCUGUCUAAGUGUCUUUGUUUAUUUUCAGUUAACUGUGUCUUAUUUUGCUGAACACGUUGUGGGAAUACAACUUCUGCUUUAUUGUAAAAAUAUAAUAGCUUAAGAUGGCACAUACUCUAACCAACUGAUGUGAUUCCAUUGGCUUGGCUUGUUUGUACACAAUAAACUUAGACCAGCACUUUU